AUGUCGUCCGAGCUUGAUGAAACCCCGCGAGCGACGCGCGUCGGCGAAGCGAACGACGACGACGACGACGACGAGAAGCUGCGCGAGGCGAACGAAAAGUUACGCGACGUCCGCGCGGUGAUGGUCGACAACAUCUCGCGCGUCAUCGACCGCGGCGAGAAGCUCGAGAACGUCCUGGACAAGUCCGACGCGCUGCAGGCGACCGCGCACACGUUCAAGCGCGCGUCGAACCGGCUGCGCCGACGGAUGUGGUGGGGGAACGUGAAGAUGUGGUGCGCCGUCGUCGGCGUCGCAGCGCUCGCGUUGAUCGUGAUUUUUUUCGCCGCGUGCCGAGGCGUCGCGUGCGUGACGUGA